CUGCUCUGUAGCACGGGCAAAAGAGGAUACUGAGAAAAUUGACCGUAAUGUGAAGAAGAAAGCCGAGCUCCUUCAUCAUAUUGCUAUGAUCUUAAAAGACAAAGCCGAGUCUAGAUUGAAAACCGCUGCAGAUAAGCAUUGGAGUGACGGAGCCUUAGAGGCUGAUUUGCGCCGUGCUGACCUCCGUGCGAAACAACGUGCAAUGGAAGAUGCCCUAAUGGCUUUGGAGUUUGUCAAAAAUAUUCUUGACAGGAUGGUAAACAAAUUGUACAAUUUUCCUCUGCAAAGCGAAAAUGGUGUUAUAUCAGAAAAUGACAUACUGGGGCGUAUAAUGCGAAAGAAUGGGAAAAGUCUUGAUUUCCCUCCUGGAGAAGUAUCUACUGAUCGCAUUACGGCAAUUCAGGAAGCUUACUGGAGUAUGGCUUCUGCCUUCUUUGAAGCUGAUGGAAUUGAUUAUACCGAUCCUGAAGAGCUCGAGCUGUUAAUUGCGACUCUAAUUGAUCUCGAUGCAAUGGAUGGUAAAAGUAGUGUAUCGUUAUUGGCGGAGUGUUCAAGUUCUCCUGAUGUCAACACCAGGCAAGCAGUGGCCAAUGCUUUGGCUGCAGCUCCAUCUAUGUGGACUCUUGGUAAUGCAGGAAUGGGAGCAUUACAGAGACUCGCAGAAGAUAGCAAUCCAGCAAUUGCUGCCGCAGCCUCUAAAGCAAUCUUUGAACUUAAGAAACAAUGGAAGAUUGAGGAAGGAGAUAGCUGGAGGUUUACGAUGAACCAAAAUACCAUUCGAGAAGAUGAAAGCCAACAAUCCGACGACAAUGCAAAUACAGAUUGACAUAGUUAUACAACUGUAGAGUAGGUAUUCACAUGGAGGCUUAAAUUCUGUACAUAGAUAAAUUGCUGCAUUCUUUUUCUUAUCUUAUCGAAAUAUAUGUCAAAUGAUUCACAACGGCUGGGGGAUUCAAACUUGGGACGUCUCAUUAGCUACAAAUCCUAUCAUGUUAGUAAACUACUUAAUUUUGUUCAAA